AAACGGAAACUGGAGCAGCGCAUAGGGCGCGUUUGUUUGGCGCGUUUGUCCAAGCCUUUGGCGCCAUCGAUUCAAUUGAACGAGUACUGUCAGUGUUAGAAGAAACAAGUGGACUGUCUAGCGAACGUUUUGAUAAAGUUCCCUUCUCUUUGCCGAUAAACCACCCACUCGUAGACAUGACACGGCUCUCAGAGGGUGCGAUAGAGGCUCUAUCAAAUGGCAACGGUGGCAACGACGCAGUGCUUCAGUUGGUGAACAUUCGCAAGAUUGAUAGUGGAAGCGGUCCUGCUCGCUUCCGUGUGAUGAUGAGUGAUGGAGUGCACACUCUGUCCUCCUUCAUGCUCUCAACGCAGCUGAACUUCAUGGCUGAUGAGAACUUACUGGCCCCUAACUGCAUCUGCAUUCUGAAGAAGCAUGUGACCAAUAUACUGAAGGAUAGACGACGGGUGGUGAUCAUUUUAGAAAUUGAAGUCAUCAAGCCUGCUGAAGAAGUUGCUGGAAGAAUAGGGGAACCUACUCCUUUCGCUGAGGGUCAGAUCAAAGGACAGCAGUCGGCACCAAUACCUGAAAACCGCCCACCACCACUACAGCAGCAAAAUAAAUCUGAAGUGCAAAAAGGUUUCAAUAGAGACUUUGGGAAAAAGACCCCAUCUGCCAUGCCCAGUACUCCGGGGGGCAGCUCCAAAGUGGUGCCCAUCGCCAGCCUCAACCCCUAUCAGUCCAAGUGGACCAUCUGCGCCCGUGUGACCAACAAGAGCAGCAUCCGUACAUGGAGCAACUCUCGGGGUGACGGCAAACUCUUCUCCAUGGAGAUUCUGGAUGAGAGUGGAGAGAUAAGAGUGACUGGUUUCAACCAAGAGGUGGACAAGUUCUUCAGCCUCAUUGAUGUUGGCAAGGUUUACUACAUAUCCAAGGGCUCCCUGAAGAUCGCCAACAAGCAGUACACAUCAGUGAAGAAUGACUACGAGAUGACUCUCAAUGGAGAUUCCUCCAUCAUCCCCUGCGAGGACGCCUGUGAUGUUCCCGUGAUGCAGUGUGACUUCGUCUCUAUCUGUGACCUGGAGAACCGAGAAAAAGACGCAAUCAUUGAUGUGAUUGGAGUGUGUAAGAGUGUGGACGAAGUGACCCGCCUCACCACCAAGACAAACAAGGAAGUUUCCAAGAGGACGCUCAACUUGAUGGACAUGUCCGGGAAGCUUGUGACUGUCACGCUGUGGGGAGAGGACGCAGAAAAGUUUGAAGGCUCUGGACAGCCCAUCGUGGCCAUAAAGGGGGCGAAGCUUUCGGACUACGGAGGCCGGUCCCUCUCUGCAUCCUUCAGCAGCACCGUGAUGAUCAACCCGGACAUCCCCGAGGCCUAUAAGCUCAGAGGCUGGUAUGACAAGGAGGGCCAUGCCGUGGAUGGACAGUCUCUGACAGAGGUGAAAGGCAGCGGGGGAGGAGGACUCACCAACUGGAAGACUCUGUCGGACGUCAAGACGGAGCACCUGGGACAUGGAGACAAGGCGGACUACUACACCUGCAUAGCCUCCAUAGUGUACCUGCGCAAGGAAAACUGCCUUUACCAGGCCUGUCCCAGCCAAGACUGCAACAAAAAAGUGGUGGACCAGCACAAUGGAAUGUUCCGCUGUGAGAAGUGUGACAAAGAGUUCCCCAACUUCAAGUACCGCCUCAUCCUUUCUGCCAACAUUGCAGAUUACGCUGACAACCAGUGGGUGACUUGCUUCCAGGAGAGUGCAGAGGCCAUCCUGGGUCAGAAUGCAGCUUACCUGGGGCAGCUCAAGGACUCGAACGAAGCUGCUUUUGACGAGGUCUUCCAACAAGCCAACUUCAACACUUUUGUCUUCCGCAGCAGAGUGAAGCUAGAAACAUAUAACGAUGAAUCCAGGAUCAAGGCUACAGUGAUGGAUGUGAAGCCCGUCGACCACAAGGACUACAGCAAGAGGUUGAUCAUGAACAUAAGGAAGCUGGCUGCCGAAUAGGAACUUAUGAUCCAUGCAAAGUAUUAGUAUUGCUUUUUCCAAGUUUCCUUUUGUUUCUGUAUAGUCAACGUCUGCUCUAAAUGUGGGGAAAAAAGUUUUGCUCACAAAGAAAUUGUGUUUAGUUUAUAUUUUUUUUACUUCUCUGUGAACUAAUUAUCCUUAAAGUACUUCAGACUGUUCGACCUUCCUUUUGUCAAAUAAUGAUUGGUGGCCUGAUUCUCUUUUGUUGGUGAACAUAACAGACACAACAGAUGUUUUAUUUCUCUUUGCUGUUUGGGGAAGCAGAGAGUGGGUCAGUAAGCCACAAAUUAAAUCAUAACUGCGUCUGUCUUAAGUCGGCCAGUUGUUCUUGGACCGCGGUGGUGCGGGGGUGGGUGCUGCUUUAAGCAGAAGACCAGUACAGUAGCCAGCGCGCUUUUCACUUUCUGACGUGCACUCAAAACAGCGAGGCUGGACCUGCACAUCCCUGAUAAGAGCGCUUACUCUGCCACUCUUUUGUGCUUCUUCCCUCACCAUAACUUGCAAACAUAAGCACAUGCACGGUACAGACCUAGUGGGGAAUGUACUGUAGUCUAUUUAAGUAGAUACAAGUUUUUUUUUUUUUCAUUUUCAAUGCCUAACUGUUUUGUCUGUUCUGUAAUUGUUUUUUUUUUUUUGUGAGAAUAAAUGUUUGUAAACAAGUUGUCUGUUUUACAAUGCAUACUUGGUUCCUUGUCAGAAGUCUUUUGUAUUAAUUGAAGUACAGCAAUGUGUAAUCUAUUACUAUCACUUUCAGCAUCUGAUCGUAACCUGUGGCAAUUAAAAGUUAACCAAAAUAUGUAACUACUUUUUU